AUGGCCCCGUCUCAUCGUCGAUCCAGACUCGUUCUCGGGUUCGUCGCUGGCAUAGGCUUGACAGCGGUCCAGUCGUGGAAAGCCUGCGCGCAAGAAGUCGUCCCCAUCAUUGCUGGAAAUGGAGAUGUGGCUGCAGCUUUAGAGGAAUGCCCAAGCGGUUACACUCUUGACAGCGGCGUGUGUAAAAAAGAGAUAGCAAGGAGGCCUAUGGCGCUGUGUCCUCCUCGUGCCUCCUUCGAGGGCGGGGAGUGCGUGACAGAGAAGGAGGUGAAGAGUGUGUGGACUUGCGGCGCAGACGAGCUCCUGGUUGGCGACCGCUGUGAGGUCGAGGAGUUCAUCAAGGCCCUGGCUAGCUGUCCACGAGACUACACCUUCACUGGGGCCGCGUGCAUGCGCUCCCAAGAGUCCAAAGCCCAGAAUUACUGCGACGAAGGCUACAAGCUGUCGAGCGGGGACCUCUGCACGCGCGACAUCAAGGAGAAAGCCGAGACAGUUUGUCCGGCUGGCGCUCGACAGCAGGGCGACAAGUGUUUCAUCCUCGAGACCUCGCCGCCCCACGUUGCCUGCAGCCGUGGAUUCGAACUCGAAAGCGGCAUGUGCGUUCGAGUCGAGACAGUGCGUCCAGAACAAAGAUGCCCUCACGGCUAUCGUCUGGAGAGUGGAAUCUGCCGAAACGUCGUGCGUCUUCAACCGAAUGCGGUUUGCCCGGCAGGCCACGACUUCAACGGCAAGGAGUGCGUGAUGUCACAACUGGCGGAGCCGACGCUUAAGUGCGACGACGGGUAUCAGCUGGAGGGGUCCGUGUGUGUGAAGCGCCUUGAAAAGGCGGCCAAACCCGAGUGUCCGUCCAAGUAUGAAUACAAGAACAACGUCUGCAUCAAACAGACAUCUGUGAAACCCAAGAGCGAGUGCCCAGAGGGCAGUGCUGAGGCCUCGGGCCCGGGAAAGGCGUGCGAAGCUGUCCACGUAGCGGACGUGUCGCUCGUGUGCCCGAACGAUUUCUCAAUCUACAAUGGCCAGUGCGUGAGAAAAACGACGGGCAACAUGCACCAGGAGUGCGCCGCAGGCUUCAGGACGACGCGCGAAGGCGUUUGUGUGCGCGAAACGCACCAGAAAGCUGAAAAACGCUGUCCACAGGGCCUCGAUUUGUCGCCGGAAGGUGUAUGUACAGCGCAAGACAGCACACCUGCGCAUCUCGUUUGCGACCAGGGGGAAUUGACUCCCCAGGGGACUUGUGUUCGCGUGUUUACCACGGAAACGCUUUUCACGUGUCCACGCGGUUUCAAAUUGCGGGAGCCGGAGUGCGUCAGACAAGUGCAAAAGGCUGCGGUGGCCACGUGUCCGGAGAACGCAAAGAUGCGCGGAGGGACUUGCAUCCUGCUUGAGAGGUUCCCUGCCUCUGACAACUGCGAAGACGGGUAUGUCAGUGACGGGUAUUCAAGCUGUAUCAAGUACGAGACCAAAAGUCCCAAACGCAGCUGUCCGCGAGCGUAUCGCCUGUUCAACACUGUCUGUGUCAAACGCGCAUUCCGCCUUUGA